CGCAAAAACAAAAACAUUUAAUUUGCAAUGUCAAGUGAGCCCGAAAUUGCGAAGGAUGCUGUGCUCAAGCGCAGCGAGCGCCUUUCGGAAGACACGCCACAGGUGCACGGAUAUGACUUCAAUGUGGGCAUCAACUACAGCAAGCUGUUCGAGUCAUACGUGAACACCGGCUUCCAGGCAACGAAUAUGGGCCUGGCCAUAAAGGAAAUCAAUAAAAUGUUGGAUUGCAGGGCGCAGCCACUGGACGCUGAGCAGCAGGAUAUGCACGAAACAGAUGAGUUCAUCAGACGGCGCACCAAUUGUACUAUAUUUCUGGGGUACACCUCUAACUUGGUUUCGUCGGGUUUGCGGGAGACGCUGCGAUUCCUUGCCGAGCAUCGCAUGAUCGACUGCAUUGUAACGACAGCUGGAGGGGUGGAGGAGGAUUUCAUCAAAUGCCUUGCACCCACAUUUAUGGGCUCAUUCGAGUUAAGUGGAAGCAAGCUUCGAGAGCGUGGAAUCAAUCGUAUUGGCAAUCUGCUGGUGCCCAAUGACAACUACUGCAAGUUCGAGGAUUGGCUAAUGCCACUGCUCGAUGAAAUGCUUGAAGAGCAGCAGAGUAAGGCUACCGUCUGGUCACCCUCACGCAUUAUUCACAGGCUUGGCGAGCGCAUCGGAGAUCCCAGUUCCAUAUACUAUUGGGCUGCUAAGAACCAGAUACCUGUGUUUUGUCCAGCGCUAACCGAUGGAAGUCUAGGUGACAUGAUGUACUUUCAUUCGUUCCGUCACCCGGGUCUGGUUGUGGAUAUAUUAUCGGAUCUGCGAAGACUUAACACGAUGGCCGUCAAAGCUGUUAAUACUGGCAUGAUUAUAGUGGGUGGUGGUAUCAUAAAGCAUCACAUUUGCAAUGCGAAUCUUAUGCGUAAUGGCGCCGAUUAUUCUGUCUUCAUAAACACAGCUUCGGAGUUCGAUGGUAGUGACAGUGGCGCACGACCGGAUGAGGCGGUAUCCUGGGGCAAGAUACGCAAAGACGCAACUCCCGUCAAGGUGUACGCCGAGGCUACUUUGGUGUUUCCUCUUAUUGUGGGCGAGACCUUUGCCAAGCGACACUUUAGCCAGAAAGAGGCCACAUUGUAAUUGUGUAUAUAAAUA